AUGUACAACGGCACGACUUGCGACACGAUCAAGUACGGCCAAAAAUGUAUGGCCCAUGGCCGGCCCGACACCGACUACCUUUACUGGCGGUGGAAGCCCGAAAAUUGCAACCUCCCGAGGUUUGACCCGAAAACCUUCCUCAAACUCCUCGAGAAUCGCCACGUGGCGUUUGUGGGCGACUCAUUGGCUAGAAACCAGCUCGAGUCGCUCUUAUGCAUGCUUGCCACCGUGUCAAAACCAAACCUCUAUUGGUCUGAGGGAGAAGACAACAAGUUCCGAAAAUGGCACUUUAGUCCCGAAAAUGUCAACAUUUCCAUCUAUUGGUCCCCGUUUCUAGUCGAAGGGGUUGAGAAGACAAAUGAUCGAGAUUUCAACACGUUGUACUUGGAGUCCGCAGACGAGAGGUGGGCGCGGGAUUUGGGAAGCAUCGACAUGCUUGUCUUGUCCUUUGGCCAUUGGUACUUGCUCUCGGCGAUUUAUUAUUACAACAAUACCCUUCUCGGUUGUCAUUUACGUGAAAACUGCACGGAAAUUGGGUUCUACGACGUUUAUGGUAGGGCGUUGGGGACUGCACUGGAAAGAGUGGUAUCAGAGUCGAAGUUGCGCAGUUUGAAGACUGGUCUGAUUUCUGUUUUCUUGACCACUUUUCCGCCCGCACAUUUCGAAGGGGAGUGGGACAAAUUCGGGGCGUGUUCCAAGACUAGGCCUUACUCGGAGAGCGAAAUGGCUUUGGACGGCGCAAACAAGGAGAUGUGGAAGGUUGGGGUGAGAAAAGUGAGAGAGACGAAAUUGAGGGUUGGGGGGUAUUCUGGGAAUAACGUGAGGCUCGAGGCGCUUGAUAUUACUAAAUUGACCUUGUUGAGGCCCGACGGGCAUCCUGGGCCUUACAUGAAUCCGUUCCCGUUUGCGAAUGGAGUUUCCGAGCGGGUGCCAAACGACUGCGUGCACUGGUGCCUGCCCGGGCCAAUCGAUACGUGGAACGAGAUUUUGUUAGAUGUGAUCAAGAGAUGGGAAAUUGAAAACAAGGAGAAAAGAUGA